AUGGACAACCAGCAGAACAACCCCCAGUCGCCCCGCCACUGGCACGGCAGCCUGGGCGAUCGUUAUGAGCACCACAACGUCUGGGUGACAGGCGGCCCUCCCCAGCCAUACAUGGCUCGACGGCCUUCUGCUGCCGAAGCAGCGAGUGCCACAGCUGAUAGACGGGAAUCUGUCUCGUCUAGCAUGUCUUCCGGCUCUAACAGCCCCCCAACUGCUCCAAACAGGAGACGUUCUAGUCAGGGUUCGUCCCUCUUUGAAAGUCUGACGAACCAGAAGCGGAACUCCACGGAUCCUGCUUCGGCCGCACGCCGCGCAAGUUACAAUGAUCAGGCGCAGCAGGGCGGUUUCUUCUCGAAGUGGUGGGAAGGGUAUACUCGUGGUUCUAAAUAA